CAACGUCGACCUAAAAUUUACAAUCCCAUUUGGUUGUUGAAUACUGACGUGAUUUCAUUCGAUAUUUAUUUAUUUAUUUUUUUUUUUGAUAUUCGAUCUCAAUCAAUAAUAAAUACAUUCGAAAAUGUUUGAAGCUAAAUUGGAUCGUGGUAUUGUUUUGAAAAAAAUUCUCGAUGCCAUCAAUCAAUUGGUUAAUGAAGCUAGCUGGGAAUGUACAUCAUCGGGAAUGUCAUUACAAGCUAUGGAUACAUCUCAUGUAUCAUUGGUCGCAGUCAAUUUGAAUGCCGAUGGUUUUUCCAAAUUUCGUUGUGAUCGUAAUAUGGUUCUUGGAAUGAAUCUUGUUAACCUUUCUAAAAUUCUAAAAUGUGCUGGCAAUGAUGAUAAAGUUACAGUUAAAGCUGCUGAUGGUGAUGACAAGAUCAAAUUGAUUUUCGAAGCAUCAAACGAAUAUGAAGUAUCUCAGUAUGAGAUCAAAUUGAUGAAUUUAGAUGCUGAAUAUUUGGGUAUUCCGGAAACCUCUUACAAUGUGACAGUAAAAAUGCCUGCUGCAAAAUUUCAACGUAUCUGUCGUGAUCUAAACCAAAUAGGUGAUGCUGUAACCAUUACCUGUACAAAAAGUGGUGUUGAAUUUUCUGCAACCGGCGAUCUCGGUAAUGGCAGUGUUACAUUAAAUCAGAAUAGUUCAUUCGAUAAACCAGAAGACAAUGUUAGCAUAUCGAUGCAGGAACCAUUAUCACAAACAUUUGCCCUAAAAUAUUUGAAUCAAUUUACAAAAGCAACACCACUUUGUUCACAGGUUACAUUGUCAUUAUCACCUGAUGUACCAUUGGUUGUUGAAUAUAAAGUAAUCGAAGAAGCUGAAGAAGAUUCUAAAACUGAAAUUGGCCAUAUCCGAUAUUAUUUGGCACCAAAAAUUGAUGAUAAUAAUGAAUAAUAAUUCUUUAUUUGUGAAAAAAACA